CAAUUGGCGCACGCGGGUUCAAAGUUCAGUGCGAAGAAAAAUGGCCGCACGUAUAGUAGUACCACGCGAGGCUCCCUCCCUCUCUCGCCUCUCUCUCCUCGUUCUCUGUCUUGCGCUGAGCUGCUGUCUUGGUCGAGGAGAAGAGAGCGCCGUACGCGUCAUUACCACCGAAAACUUCGACGACGUAUCUCAGGGAGAUUGGAUGCUAGAAUUCUAUGCUCCGUGGUGUCCGGCCUGCAAACAGUUUGCCAAGACGUGGGAGUCGUUUGCGGAAUGGGCUGCCGCCGAGAAGAACGGACUGCGUGUUGGAAAAGUCGACGUCACUACCGAAAGUGCUUUGAGUGGUCAGUUUAUGGUGACCCACCUGCCGAGUAUUUUUCACAUUCACGAGGGGGAGGUGAGGGGUUACAGCAAAAGUCGAACACUGGAGGAUCUGCAGUUGUACGUGGGGGAAGAAGAGUGGAAGAAGAAACCGGCGUUGCCAUGGUGGCGGAGUCCCACUGCCAAACAUAUGAAAGCAUUGGGUGUGACCUACUGGAUUUCACAGAAAGGGAAAGAACUUCAAACAAUGUUGGAGAAGGAAUACGAGCUACCGACGUACACCGUGUACGUGAUAAUCGCCGUGGCAACCAUCGUUGUUGGACUACUGUUGGGCGGGUAUCUUAUUUUUACUUCUCUCUCCCUCUUCUCCCUCCCUCUUUCUCUCUCCAGAUAACCGUUUGUUUCAUCGAAAUAUGUAUCCGAAUGUGCUCGCGAAAAGAAGCCACGAAGAAGUUGCCACGGAAACAGGAAGGCCCCAAGCCUUCCCCACCCCCUGAACAAGUGGGCGGAGCUUCAGAAAGUUCUGAGCAAACCGACGAGCCAGGAGAAGUGCCGGUGUCUUCUAAAACAGCAGCUGGAGUUGUUGCAGAGUCUCCGAACGCGGACAAAGAGAAGAAGACGAGAAAGAGAAAGAGGAACAAGGUAUGCAAGGAGAGUAUGAUCGUGUAAUGCUCAAGAUUACUAGAGUGUACAGUAAGAUUACUAGAAUAUACUGAGAUAUAAACACAAAGAUUACUAGAUUAGAUAGGAUAAUUUAGUGCUGUUGAGGUGUUUGUGUACACACCUGCAAUAUGUCCUUGCGAUUAUUUUGCCUCUCCUUAAUGAAGUCAAAUUAAUAUUGCUAUGCCCACCCUCUCUGGGGU